AUGUUCCUUCAGUAUUACCUCAGUGAGCAGGGAGAUCGGGUCUAUAUGCUGGAGAAAUUUGACCCAAUGGAACAACAGACCUGCUCAGCCCAUCCUGCUCAGUUCUCCCCAGAUGACAAAUACUCCUGACACUGAAUCACCAUCAAGAAAUGCUUCAAGGUGCUCAUGACCCAGCAACCGCACCGUGUCCUCUGA